UUUAAUGCUGCCACUAGUCCAGAAGAUAUUUCCAAUAACAGGGGAUUCAAAGGACCAGAUUAAAAAACUUCAGAAAAUUAAUAGUGACAUCGGAACAAAUGAAUGGUCUUCAGUUUUAUCAUCUGGAAGUAAAGCCACAUUCAAUCUGAACAUCUCAUUCAAUCUGCAGACCACAUCGACCGACCAAAAACCCAACAUGACUCGUUAUCAGAAAGUAAUGACGCGAAUAGCGUCGUAUCUCCCGGAAAAAGUGCGACCCACGUUUUUACACCCAGCGGGACCAACAACAGUUUUCUUCUGGGCCCCGACCUUCAAAUGGGGUCUAGUGCUGGCAGGAAUUGGAGACAUCAAUCGAGCCCCCGAGACAAUUUCUCUGGCCCAAACUGCGAGUCUCAUGCUCACUGGUAUCAUAUGGUCCAGAUAUUCUCUAGUGAUAGUCCCGAAAAAUUGGAAUCUCUUCAGCGUGAAUGGUUUCGUGUCCAUGACUGCAGCCUACAAUUUCUACAGAGGUCUGACAUAUCAGAUGGCAAAUGCCCCAGUUUCACCGAAAGACUGACAGUCAAAAAAAUGAUCACUAUAAUAAUUGUGAUACUUCCUCCUAGAGUGAAUCAAUGAAUAUUUAUUGUAAAAAAAAAUAUAUUUAUUU